AUGCCCUCCGAAGCAAUCCCCUCCAUCGGCGACGCCCAAUACUAUCCCUCGCAACCCUCACCUUCGCGGACGCCCUCCCACGACUCCAGCACCGUGUCGAGCGAGGAUGAUAGCGCGCGUCCGCCCAGCAGCAGAUUAUCCCGGCCGAAACUAGGGAGCAGGAAGAGCAGCGGCACGAUGAUUGUGUCGCGCGAAGGGUCCACGACGGUCGUCGACGACGAUUUGGAAGAGGGUGAUGUCCGGACGAUGUCGCCGAGGAGGAAUAGUGCGGAGGUUGAUAAGUUGGGUGAGGACGCGAGGAGGGAUUUGAUUGAGCAGGCGAAGACGCUGCAGGCGAGUUUGCAGGCGAUUGUUGAUCGAGUUGAGUCGGUGAAGACCGAGCAUGAGAAGCUUUCGUCUGGCAACCAGUUCCUUCAGUCAUACAUCGGCGAACUCAUGCAGACUUCGAAAAUAACAUCGACGGGUCCCUCGAAGAAGGGCAAGGGUCGGAGUGGGAAGUGA